AUGUCUUCGGCCUCUCCUCCAAAGGAACCAGAGGUGGAACCAGUUACUCAGUCAGGAGACGAGGCGGAGCCCAUGGAAAGAGAACACCACGAUAUACAGACGCAGGGUCAGGGCGAAUUCGAGGUUAAAGAGCAGGACCGAUGGCUCCCAAUUGCGAAUGGUUUGUUGUUACCUUUCUUUUCUCUCACCCUCUACUCUGUCACUGCCUACUUGCCCUUCCCGGACGAACCAAAAUUGCCCAUAAAAAAAUUUGAAAAGGACUCGACCACAAACGUGCAGAAAAACACCCAUCCCCCAUUCUGCUUGAUAUAUAUAUAUACACACACACAUAUUUGCAAACCUCUUGCCAAUCCGAGUUGCUCUACAAGGAGAGACCGUUAUACGUCCUUGCUCGACCCCACUUCAUCAAACAAGCUACACGCGCAUACAGUCAAUCAGCCUCAAGUGAUGCGCUGCAACCUUGAAUCUGGCUGCAGCACGGUCCAAUCACCAGAUAUCACCCAUGCUCUGGCCCGAAUUAUGAAGACUGCCCUGCCCGAGAACGCCAAAAUUGCAAAGGAAGCAAAAGAAUGCAUGCAGGAGUGCGUGAGCGAGUUUAUAUCGUUCAUCACCAGCGAAGCCUCGGAGAAAUGCCAGGGGGAGAAGCGCAAGACCGUCAAUGGGGAGGACAUCCUAUUCGCCAUGACAUCACUCGGGUUCGAGAACUACGCCGAGGCCUUGAAAAUCUACCUUACGAAAUACCGGGAAGUAAGUACACAGUUGUAUGCGCAUCUUAUUCAUAGCUUCCUCUCCUUUCCUUUUUCUUUUACCCAAACUGCAAGGGGGGAAAACCAGAACCGACCCUCCAGCAGUGGCUAUGGCUCCGGUGGCCCAGUCGGCGGUCCCGCCCCCGUUCCCGCAGGUAUGGGCGGAGCAGCAGCUCAACCACCAGCGGGCUUCGCAGUCCCACCGCCCCCAGAGGCUGCCAACAACCUUUUGAAUGCGAGUCUCGAUCCGAACGAGCAGGAUGGCGCGACAUACGGAUACCCAGCCAUGGUAGGCACGGCGCACAAUGGCGCCGGUGGAGAGACUUAUUAA